CAUAAACGUCGACUGAGUUUUAGGUUAACAGACUGAUUUGAAUUAAAAACGAUUUAAUAUCCAGGCCAAUUACGUGAACAUUAUGUGAAAAGUUAUUGAUACAAAUGCGCUAGUGUCCAAUGAGGCUCGACGGUUAUGUUAACCAACGUGGAGGUUAAGCAUUUGCUGGAAACAGGCCAGGAAGUUGAAGAUAAAGAUGAAGGGUCUGAUAGUGAUUCCAGUAUUGAAAGUUUACAAGCAAACGAUGCGAUAUUCGAAAAUCCUUUAAAUAAAUAUAUGAUUAGGAUGUUUGAUCUAACCAGGGAAUUGGCUUUAUUUUGUUUAGUUUUAGUGGCAUAUGCUGCACUGACACAUGACCCACCGAAGGUGUCCAAGCCACCCGCAGCCUAUCCUUUUUUCCUUCCUGAUUCUCCGGUAAAGGAUUGGUAUAGGGGUCAGAUCAGCAAAGCCAUUGAAUUGGCUCGUACCUCUGACUUGUCACUUAUAAUGUAUUAUUCCCCAUGGGAUGCUGAAAGUCAAGCAGCAAGAGAGCAUUUUGAAGCUGCGUCUGUGUACAUGAAGGGUAUAGUUGAGUUUGCAGCUGUCAAUUGUUGGCACCCACAAGGAGAAUGUCGAGCUCAGUAUACUAAAGUUUACAGAUGGCCAGUCAUGAUUGCGUACACAUCUAACUUGAGAGGAGUGCAGUACAGCGGACCGAUUACAGCUGCGCACUUAAUCAGUUUCCUUCAGAGGUUGCUGAAUCCAAUUCGAAGGUUUGGCCAGCACCAGAUAUAUGAUUACGGAGAGGCAUAUUUAGUGGCUCAGUUGGACACUUUGCCCGGGAGCUGGGAGUAUGGAGUUUACUAUCUAGCAGCUUUGAGAUAUUUGGAAAGAGAUCCUCUGGCUAGGGUCACAUUCUACGUUGAACCUGUCCAAAAUUCGCAGCCGAAGUUGUCUCUGCACCUGUGGCAUCAAAUUAGGUUUGCGGAGUUUGAUUGGGUGGAAUGGCAGCCGGAAACAAUCAUCCAGUUCGUAUUGAAUCAACUGGAGCAGUCGAGCUCUUGGAUCUUUCCAACAAAUACCAAGAGUAAAAUGCUGUCCAAUCAGUUGCAAUCUGGUCCCGCAAUGGUUAUGUUUACACCAAACAAUCCCCUUCACGGGAGCAGCGACUAUUAUGAUAUGCUUCGAGAAGUUGCGCAAGAAUAUAAGAACUGCGACAAUCGGGGCAUUAAUUUUGACGUGGCGGAGAGACGCUUGAGAAACUCCGCCCAACACGACCAUCUCAAACAAAGCUGCUUUCUUAAAAAAAGUCAUCCCAAGAACGAAGCAAUCUCUCUCGUGCAGUACCGCACGUGGUCCAAUAUAUCCACGAUCCAUUUACCGGAAGAAAAAAUCGACUGCGAUAUGUUACUGCCAGAUAAAUUAGCGCAGGUGUGUGAAUUUCACAGGAGUGCGACCGCAAUUACUUGCGAAACCGCUAAAAAAGAUUUUAAUAAAUCUUACAAUACGGCCGAGUUACAGGAAGUAAACGAUUAUAGAUCGUUAAGGAAUUUGGCAAAGUUUGCGGAAAAUGAGCGAUGCAGACUCUUUUUGGCCGCAGAAAACAUCUUUCCGGCCGUGUUCGAAGCCAGAGAAGAAAAAGAACGCCCCAGACCAGAAGUUCGUGGGCUGUCUUGUAAAACGAACAGCUCUUUAAAUUUCGUCGCGAUGGACAGUCUGUUAUAUUACAAUUUCGCCGAGAAUCUGGGCGUGAAUCUAGCUAAAGUCAGUUCUAAAAGUAUCGUCGUUAUCAUUGACGAAAAGCGCGAGAGUCAUUACAUCAUGGAGGAACCAAUAACGAGCGUAAAUCUGAGGCGGUUCAUUUUGAAAUUCACAAACAACAAGCUCGUAAGAUCGCUGAACUCCAGCACGUCCGUGGAGUCCACAAAUACUCACAGUUACUCGUUUAAUUUGAAGAGACUUAACGGCAGCCACAUAGUAAAGGUAGAAGAACUAACUAGUCAGAAUUUUUUGCAAACUGUGUCGCAAAAAGACGAGACAGUGGUAGUCAUGUAUUACUCGAAGCAUUGUUCCUUUUGUAGCGGCAUAUCCCACACGUUCCUAACGCUCGCUAGAAAACUGUCGUUUGUAGAGGGUUUGAAGUUUGCCCGGAUCGACGGUGAUUUGAACAUAUUACCGUGGGAGUACACCAUGGAAAAGUUUCCGACCAUCUUAUUUUUCCCAGCCAAUAAAAAAUCUGAAAGUAGAGCGUUCCCAUCAGAUCUAUUUAUAACGGUACCCAACCUGCUGGGGUUCAUUUUAACCAAUCUGGACGUAAAUUCCAGGCUCCAAGCUAUGUACUCAAUCUGUAUGCAUAGUCAACCAAAACGGGACAAAUUCCUGUGCUUGUCCAACUUAAGAAACGAAAUCUUGACGUUAAUUGAAAUGACUUUGAAAGAUUGGAGAAAGUCGAACAACAGGCGACGGCAGCGGUUGCUCCGCAACCUGAAGCAGUUGAAGCGGCUUCAGGUGAUGUUUGGUCACUCGCCCGAAGAUAUUCAUUUGGUUCGAGUCCACUUAAGGAAAUUGAAUUUGCAAGUCAGUGACGCGAUAAGCGACGAUUACGCUAGGGACGAAUUAUAACAUUACGUUUUCGUUUUUUUUUUGCAUCUUGUUUGGGAAGAAAUUAUCGGUAGCGUUGUAAAAUAUUUCCAAAAAUUCAAAUCUAUAAAAUUAUGUACAGUGUGUCCCGGUUCCGUCGUUAUUGCGGGGUAUCUCGGUUAUUGUUAGAGAUGCUAUCCUCCAUUUUUGUAAAACAGGUGACGUUUGCUAGCUGCUUUUGUUUUUGAUCUACAGGAGGAAAUCUAUGUUUUUGAAAGUCCCUGUAUCACAAUGAAAGUCUUAUAGGCAUUUUUACGUAGAAUCCAGUGGCGUAUUCAAAUUUUUUGGUAUUUUUUUUUAAAUAAUAAUAAUGAUAAUUGUAAUUAUAAUAUUGUUAAGUCAUAUAAAAUUAGGAGUGUCAAAAAUGUGUUUAUUAUAUAUUUUUGAAAAGCGCAUAUAAAGGGGCAUCAAAUUUAAUUUAAAAAAAAAUAGAGUGUGUCGUUUAAAAAGCACAACUUAUUUUUGGAUUGGAUAAAACUACCAAGUUCUGCUCAACAAGGUCUGCAAGGUUUUACUUGAAAUUGAAAUUCUCCUUUUCUCUGCUUGACAGAGCACUACAUCAAAGAUAUUCUCUGGUUUCUGGGUUAAGCAGGAGCAAUCUGGAGCAGAGGUAACAUCCGUACAAAUGCUUUCUAUUGACCAAGUAAUAGAGUGCUCAGCAUCAGUUAUAAAAAAAAAUUCAAAGAUCUUACUUGAUGGCGACCUUAACAUAAAUAUGCUGGAAUCUAGUGCAAAAAGUCAUUUACAUACAUUUUUGACAUAUAAUCUAAUUCUUUAAUUAAUCAGCCUACAAGGAUAUUAACGAACAUGUUGGGACAAACGAGUUCAAUACAGAUUGAUUAUAUUGUCACAAACAUAGACUAUUGGAAUGUAUCAGUCAGGCUUCUCUGACCAUUUGGCCCGAAGAAUAUCCUGGGACCCUGGGAAUACUAAUACAGUUAAUAAAAAGAUUACAAUUCCAAAAAGAUUAAUUAACGUCGGCAAAAUAAAGGAAUUCAGAUAUUUUAGUUAAAUCAGUUAAUAAUUUUCAAGUCAUCCACCGCAAACGAAGCCUAUAAGUUCUUCUGGGAACAACUAACUUCAGUGGUGCUUUUUAGCUAGCCGUUCAAUUAAAAAGUAACAAAGAAGAUUUGUCAAAGAAUAAUAUAAAAGUUACAUUUUUUCACAACUUACAUACUAAAACGAAUUACCUUAAAAAAAGAAAAUGCUAUAAGUAUGAUAUGGAGUUUCAAAUUCUGUAUAAAAAAAGUCAAAAAAAUAACCAAAUUGAAGCCUGAAAAAAAAAUCGCACUACUCGAAUUUAAUUAGUGGAGUAGAAAAAAGGCUCGGGGAAUUGGUUCGCGCGAAAUUGAAGAAACGAAAAAGUCACCCAACAGUUAAUUUUAAACAUUUUUAUGUUUUUAAAUUUUUAAAAUAUUUAGACAUAUUGCGAUUCCUCUACCAUCUUGCGGUAGUUUGGUUUUUAGAUAAUCUAAGGGUAUAUCCGUGACAGAACUUUCAAAUGCCAUUACAGUAGUCUUUAGUAAGACUUGAUAAUGAGGAUGAAUUAAAGCAAUGGCUAAAGUUUUCGUUUUUAUACAAAUGCGUUAUAAAAAACACCAAACAGUUACCAUUUAUUCUCAUCAAAACAAAUAUAAUGUAGGUAAAAAUAAAUAUAUAAAAUAUUGCAAUAUUACUUUAUUUACAAUAUUCAGAGAUUUUACUUAGUCUUUUAAGUGAAAUAACUAAAGAAUGCUUUAGCUUUCUGUUGUAUAUCAUUUAAUGAAAGAAUAUCUUUAAUGUCGAGAUUAUUUUCUGCAGCGCAUUGCAAUUAAAGAGUAAACAAACUGCAUCUAUAAGAUUGAUCUUCUUAAUGCAUUUGCCAACAUCAUCUCUAAUUCCCUUAAUGGAAAAAUAAGAGCUGAAAGGCUUUUUCCAUAAAGCAGCUUGGAUAAUUUCAUAGUAUUUUGAUCCAUAGGUUACAUCAAUCAAGAUAAUUUAAUUGAAUGAAUUGAUGCAUUAUCAAUCAACAGCUUUUUCUGGGAGUUUUUGGACCUUCAAAAUGAUUUCACUUGUUUGCAAAAUAAUUUAUGAAACUGAUCCGUUAAAAUGGUAAAAGUUAUCCAUAGGUAAAGUAUGGUUCUUGAACGCCUUUGGAUUCAUUGUCUUCAUAAUCGCAAGAAGCUGAACUUUAUGGGUAGCAUAGCCGUUUAUCAGAUAAUAACUUCCAAAAAAAUCGGGACUCGUCUGCGUUAUAAAUUUGCUGAAGAAGAAGAUCUUUUAUUACCUCCUCUAGUUUGGUUAGUUCUCUUCUCUUUCCAUCUCUGGAUAUUCCGCUUGCCCUAAAGUUUUAGAGAGCCGGUCCCAGAAAGGUAAAUUUCAAUAAAUCGAAAAUAUUGAAGCAUGAGGUAGUAUUACCAAACAGCUUGUUACAGAAUAAAAUAAGCUUACCUUUUUAUUUUAUCCUUCUUUUUCCUACGUCAUCCUAUAAGGCAAGUGCGUUUCCACUAACACAAUUUUUUAAUGUUCCUAAUAUUUCACUGUUUUGUUUUAUUGAUAAUUUGUAAAAAUGAUAAUUUCGUUUGGUCGUUUUGGAACUACAUUCGCACUACAACAGGUCCAUCUGUAAAAUAAUAUGUAAUUUUGACAUAAUUCCCCAUUGUGCUAUAACUACUCAACUCAAUGG